AAGCUCAAAUUCCAGAACUUCUCAACAGCCACCAGCGCAGAGUAGGAGAAAUGAACCAGCUUUCUGUAGCUGCUAUGAGCUCUAAUGGCACAAACUUCAUCAAAACCUCCUUCACCGAAGAAGAGGAAGCUCUUGUGGUUCAGUCAUGGAACGCAAUGAAGAAGGAUGCAGCCGCGCUUGGUCUCAAGUUCUUCUUAAGAAUAUUUGAAAUUGCACCUUCAGCUGCAAAGCUCUUCUCUUUCCUAAGAGACUCGCAGAUUCCGCUUGAGAAGAACCCUAAGCUCAAAGCCCAUGCAAUGUCUGUCUUCAUCAUGACAUGUGAAGCAGCGGCACAACUGAGAAAUACAGGGAAGGUUGUAGUGAAGGAGACAACCUUGAAGAAAAUUGGCACCAAACACGUCGCCUAUGGUGUAGUUGAUGAACAUUUUGAGGUUACAAGAUAUGCGUUGUUGGAAACAAUAAAAGAGGCCGUUCCUGAUAUGUGGAGCGCAGAGAUGAAGAGCGCAUGGACCGUAGCCUACAAUCACUUGGUUGCAGCUAUAAAGGAAGAGAUGAAGUCGCUCUCUUGAGUUGGAGAAAUUAUUACGUCCGGCAAUGGCACGUUCGGACGAUGGUU